CUCAACGAAGCAUCCUGACGGCAUGCGAUUGUGACUACCUUACUUGCUUCUAGUGAUCUGUCGUUACUGAUACUAUACUCCAGUCUGGGUUAUAGGCUGUUUCAUUGCUCUGUGGCGAUACCUUGAGCUGCGUACAGGGAGUCGAAUAGCAGAUUCUGCGGGCUGUUGCUAUAGCUUUAUCAAUCAGCUACUGUUGAUCCUCGAUGGCAUGUGUCUGUAUUUCUUGAUGAUUCUGGUAGGAUAAUUCCAGCAGACCAUCAGUUGACGUGCUUGGGCUUCCAGUUAUAUUCUUAUCGGUCACCCCAGUCCGGCCUUGCUUUUGAAGAUACCAUCAUCUCAUAACCAACAAUAUCUCUCAUAUAACCAUAUAUUCUGUUUCAAUUAAUUUGAAUCCCGCUUGUUGGUCAUGGCGUCCACGCAGAACCUGGAAUCCUCUGCGCCUUCUUCGAAUAUCAAUUCUCCCAUCCUACCUCCCGGAAGUGCUCCCUUCUUCAACAGUACAGCUCUGGAUUCCAAUGCAAGGCUGUCUCCAGCACCUCCAAGCAAUGCAUCUGUUCAGGGCGAAGGAACGAGGUCUAAGCGGAACAAACGCGACAGUCGCAAAAAGCGGGAAGCCAAAGGCCUCGAUCCGGAUGGUCCGCCAACGAAGAAAAGAUCUGUGCCUGCGCCUAGCUCUGCCAUCCCAAGCUCGGAACUGUCUAUACUCAGACCCCUGCUACUUGCCGAACCGAGAGCAUCCGACUUUUUGCCCCCUCAGCCUCGCCAGAUGAACAUUGCCACGCAGAAACACUCGGAGGUCCUAAACCAGACCUGGGAUUUCCAAGAAGUUGCAGACAAACUCACGAAUAAGAAUGGGUUUCGUUAUAGCUAUGCAAUAGCCGACCAGGCGUUCCCUCAUAUCAAAUAUCGACAGACCGAUGUGCCGCCUUACUGCGCCCGCUUUAGCUUUGAAGACUCUCCAGCCGCUAUAACCUUCGCCAACAACGCUUUAGCUGUCAGUACCCCCGGUCCCUGGCACACUGCACGAGCAAACGUCUGUGCUCGGGAAGGCUCCUUCUACUAUGAAGCACGAGUCAUAAGUGGCAUUGUGAAUGAUCCUCGGGCACCCUCCUCCAACCGUGGAACAGGCGCCUCGCCACGCGGCCAUGUCCGCAUAGGGUUUGCUCGGCGUGAGGCCGACCUUGAUGUGAAUGUCGGGGUUGAUUGUUAUGGAUAUGGUAUUCGCGAUGUCAAUGGAGAAGUGGUUAACCGGAUGCGUUGCGAAUACUUUUUCCCAAAAGGCGAAUCGGUUUUUGAAGGCGAUGUAAUCGGGAUGCUUAUCACCCUUCCGCCUCUUUCCCUUCAUAAAAAGAUUGUUGAGGGGACAUACGAUCCAACAGCGGAAGGAGAUGCCUCGAAUUCCCGCUCAGAGCCACCAUCUUGUGCAAAUAUCAUCCGGGAUCGUAUCCCCUUCCACUACAAAUCGGACUUUUGCUGGCAGCAGUCCAAUGUGUAUUCGGCCAAACACCUCCGCGACUAUGCUUUUAACCUCAAAGAGACUCCUACCUUUGGACCCCCGUCGCCGCUAAAUAGCGAGGAUGCGUCCCUACGCACAUUACCUGGCUCAAGUAUCACGAUCUUCAAGAAUGGCGUCAAGAUGGGUACCCCGUUCAAGGAGUUGUAUGCAUUCCUGCCACCAGCUAGCCGGCUGGCCAACGGCACUAAUAACAUGGGAAUCGGCGAGCGCGAAAAUGCCGAUGAUGGGAUGAUUGGUUACUACCCAGCUGUUAGUUGCUAUGGUGGCGGCGCUGUGGAGUGUCGAUUCGAAAGCCCCUGGUGGUUCGGGCCCCCCGUUACGGAUGAUGACGAGACAAUCCGGCCAAUGGGGGACAGAUUCAACGACCAGAUCGUCGAAGAUGUCGUCGCAGACAUUGUGGAUGAAGUUGAAGCAAUGUUUAUAUGGAGUGGUGUUGACGGCGAUGUCGUCGGCGGUGGCGUCAAUGCUGGCGGCGCAGUGAUGGACGGCUCCGGCUCCGGAGCUGUUGGAGGCUCGGAAGGUUUGAAAGGCGCUGUUGGCGCAGCUUACGACACGGCCAUAACUGCUGCAGCUUCGGGGGCUGGGUUUGAAUCUGGGCCCCCGAGUGGUGUCGACGAGACGAUGAAUGGAUCUAUCCCAGUGCGACCGGGACAUGUCACUUUUGAGGACGCAGUGAGCGUUGCAGCGACGAACUCACCGAAUCACGAGGCCCCAUCUGUGACUGGACCUGAUGAGUCGCCAAAAGAUGAAGAUGUUGAAAUGACCUAGGUGGGACAUCCAAUACAGCUAUCCUGGACUAUUUAAUCGAUGGAAAAGAGGUCGAUAAAGAUCGGAAUGAUCUAAGAAGAACUUGGAGCUGGUUCAGGGCGUGGAUCAUGGGGUUCAAG